AUGGGAGAGAAGCUGCUCUCUGGCUUUCAACUCAUGAAGUGUGCAAGCAAAGAGCAGCUACUGGAUGAGGACCGAAUCAGUCAACUCCCUAAUGAAAUUCUUAUCUAUAUCCUCUCUUUUCUAAGGCUUGAAGAUGCUAUGAGAACAAGUGUUGUUUCGAAACGUUGGAUUGAUCUUUGGACCUUCACUCCUAGCCUAGAUUUCGAUGCUUCAAGUGAUUUGGCUGAAAUUGAGAAAUUAGAUGUUGCAUGGCGAAACUCAAGAGAGCAUGUUAGUUUUCUCAUGUUGAGGCAUCAGAAACGAGAGAAGUAUGUUGAGUGGGUUAACAAGGUGCUGUUGCAAUCACAGAAAUCCUUGGAUUUGGAAACGUUCAGAAUUCGGUUUGAUUUGAAUCAGUCUUACCGAGAUGAUAUUGAUAAAUGGCUUGAGCAUGCUUUUGCUAGGAAGACAAAGAGACUGGAUAUUACCGUGGGUAAUGUUUCUACUAAAAAGCCCUACGCUUUUCCUCCAAGCCUCCUUCUUGCAACAUCUCAUUAUGGGUUCAAGUCUCUCAAGGCUUUGAGUUUUAGUUAUAUACGAGUGUCUGGCAGAGUUCUCAAAUUUUUCUUGCAUAACUGUCCUUUUCUCGAAUGUCUGGCAGUGGUGCACUCAAGUUGUCUUAAAACUUUAGAAGUGUGCGGCUCGUCUCUUCUGCUGAAAAAUCUGGAGAUUAUAGCCUGUCGUAAGUUAAGUUCCCUCACUAUAAGUGAUUCAAAUUUAGUUUCACUUAAAACUACUAACGGGAACAGAUUGAGGCUUAAGAAUGUUCCUAUGCUUGUCCAAGUAUUAGUUGCUGGAUGGUCUCCGAGUUUGGUUGUCGGUGUUAUUUCCUGGCUCUCCUGUCUCUGGUCCCAACUCCAAGUUCUUACAAUACGAGCAAGGGUUUCGGAAAAUGAUUCUAAAGUUGUGGUUCCUCGACUCCCUAAAUUGAAGCAAUUUUGUUUAUCUGCCUUGGCAUACAAAGAUUCUAGCCUGAUCCCUUUUACUUCUUUUAUAAGGGCAUCACCCAACUUGGAAAAGUUCACACUGGAGUUGGAUUGGAUGUCUAAUACAGUUAGAAGGCGUAGAGAACACAAGAGAGGUGUAAACUUUGGUCUUGAACAACUUAAAGAAGUUGAAUUACGUGGAUGUUACGGUCGAACAGCUGAAGUUGAACUUGUUGAGUACUUGUUAGAAAAUGCGGUUGCCCUCCGGAGAAUUGUUGUCGACCCUCGUAGUCAGCCAUUCUAUGGAGUUGCUUCUACCUAUGACAACCCUGAGGAGCAGAGAAAUGCUAGAAAGUUUGCCCAACAUCAGUUGCAGAAUCUAGUGCCUUCACAUGUUGAGUUGGUGAUUCUUUAG